AUGGGAUUAACAGUGCAACCCACGCCAGAGGAGGCUCGAAUUGCAUCGUUUCUAGCCGAAGAUGGUGGUUUCCCCAAUGAUGAUAUCUUCAUAAGUUUUUUGUCACGAGCCCGCAAUGCUGGCACGCGUAUUGCUUCUCAUGACCCUGAUUCCGUGGGUAGUCCGACCUUCAAUCAAUUUGUGGCCGAUAUCGUUCAUUUGCGCCAUCGAUUGAAAAAGGCGACGGCCGCAAGCCCCGAAUUUGUCUCGCAUAUCCUGCGAAAAUCGCCCGUCAGGUGCCUUUUAACAAGCAAGAAAUGCUUCGAUCAAGCUGAAGAAGCCCAGGCAUUUGCCACCACCAACUCUUUGCCCCACAUCAACUUGCUUCCGAUCGAGCCCCUAAAUCAGUGUCCUUCUUCAUUAUGGACUAUAAGUGGGCUUGAAAUCAACAAGGAUAUCUCGAUCCCGAGGUCACGACCCGGUCUUGUCGUGUUCACCUCCGGCACCACUGGGAACCCCAAAGGAGUUAUCCACAGUAGGGAAUGGUAUGGCAAAAUCGCGAGAGAGCCACAGGCCCCAGAUGAUGAAGCCAUACACGUUGCUCGGCCUGCUAGCUGA